AUCGCACAUAUUCAUUGAAGUCAUAAUUCGUGUUCGACUUUUUCUAUGUGGCUUGUUGUAUUCACUAAAUACACUCAACUAAAUACACAACGAUUUAUCGAGAACAUUUAUCGAGGCUAUUAUAUGUUCGCUGCGGAACUCAACCGGCCGACCUUUUCUCUGCCAAUCCGAGCCCGAAAUACUCAUAGUUCUUCUAGUUUGGUGUGGGCGACAAUGCAAUAAAUGCACAUGCAAGGUAUCACCACUUGGAAUUCAGAUUACCCGGCAAUGCCCUGUGAAUCGUGCUAAAAGUAACGCUUUCCUUAUAUAAGAGAAGCUCACCUUUGGCUUAGGCUUUGGCUUUGGCGAGUCGCAAGAAUGUCAUAACAUCACAGCGGUAGAAGUUACAUAACUUGCCUUCUUGUGUUGGUAUUAGUGUCAAAAUCGAGUCCUUUUUCUACAUCUAUUGUGUUCAUAUAAAACAUAAAGUCAAGUGUGUAUAAUGUCAAAGUUAAGCCAUGAAAAUGGGGGCGAAGGGAUGUCAAACAAAAGAGAAUCGAUAAUUGAGUUACCUAGCCAACCAUCGAUACAUACUCGGGAUGAAACGCAAACGAAGACUGAAAGUUUGCCUAGGUCAAGCCGAUCUGCCUGGUUUGGAGAAAGCUUUGGCCCGCUUGGAAAGUAUGGAAAGCUAAGAAGGGCGCAAUUUGUAAUGGCAGCAAAGAAUUUAGAGGGGUUCGCGGAAAAUUUUUUUGAUGUUUUUGAUGCUGCACAACAUGGUUACGUUAACAUACAGGAACUUGUUGGCGGUCUACGCCUCCUUUGGCAGCGUCAUGGAAAGAAGAAGGAUAGCAAACUUAUACGAUGGUUUACUAAUUAUUUCGAAGAUAUCGUUGGUAAAGAUGCAGAAAUUCGUCUCUCCGAAUUUAAAGCAGCAAUGGAAGACGAAACGUUCAGUCGAAACCUUUUCGACCUGUUGGAUAGCGACGAAGAUGGUGAAAUUGAUAUAAGUGAUUUUAUGAGCAGUUUGGACAGACUUGAAUGCGCGUCAACGGACACAAAAUGGUACCUGUGGAUAGAAGAAAGAUUCAACAUUUCAACAACGGAGGAUCGUACAAUAACCUUUCAACAAUUCAAGGAAGCACUUCAUCUUGAAAAGACCUUUUUCGCUGAGAGAUUUUUUACACUAUUUGACGAUAACGGUGAUGGGAGGAUUGACAUGAAAGAACUUAUCGCUGGCCUGGAGGUGUUGACCAAAGGAACAGAAACAGAUAAACUGACAUUUUUGUUCAGAGUUUAUGAUUUGGAUGGAAAUGGUUAUUUGAGCGCUGAUGAGAUGAGAACAGUCUUGACUUCUUGUUUGGAAGAAAGUAAACUGAAGUUAGACGAUCAGCAAGUAAAUGAACUGAUGGAAGUAUUCUUCGAGGAGAUAGAAACAAACGCUGAAGGGGAAAUUAACUUGGACCAAUUUAAAUCAUUUUUGUCUAAAUAUCCUGGAGUGUCGGAGAAUUUGUCCAUAAGUGCUGGAAACUGGUUUAAGCCUCCUGUUUCUGUUAAAAAACCCAUGUCGAGUUAUAUUCCGAGACGUCUCCGAUGGGGAUAUAUUAAGAAGAAUCCGAGCAAAGUGUUUUUCGUCGGGCUUUAUUUCUUGCUAAACGCCGCCCUGUGUGUUUGGGUUGGCGUUGUGAGGCGGAACGAAAGCGGUUGGAUUAUCCUGGCUAGAAUAAAUGGAAUGUGUCUCAAUUUCAAUUGCAUGUUUAUUUUGGUGCUGAUGAUGAAAGGCCUUCUUACAUGGCUGAGAUCUACAAGCUUUGGAAAGUACUUUCCUAUUGACCAGCACAUCAUUUUCCACAAAUCUGUCGCAGGUGUCAUACUUUUUCAAGCUCUCCUGCAUUUCGUUGGACAUAUCGGUCGAUAUAUUGUCGUCAAUAUUGAUCAAUUGAAAUCGAACUUUACUGUCGCUGAAUACUUGUUCACGACGAGGACACCAGAAGGCUGGGUGAACGGGUCGGCAGGGCUCACCGGGGUGCUGUUGUUGCUUGUUCUAAUAAUUAUGUUCAUCUUAUCACAACCCUUCGUCAGAAGACAAGGAUUUUUCGAGCUUUUCUAUUAUACCCACCAUUUGUACGUCGUUUGGUGGAUAAUGCUUAUUAUUCAUGCCCCAAACUUUUGGAAAUGGUUUAUUGGACCGGCCGUUUUGUAUUUUGCCGAAAGAAUCUUGCGUUUGAGGAUCGUUAACCGAGCACGUUAUGGCAAAACCAUUAUAGAAGAAGGCAUAACACUCCCAUCCAAGGUGACACAUUUGGUGAUAAAACGGCCGCCAAAUUUCCAUUACAAACCUGGUGACUACGUCAUUGUGAACAUCCCCGCAAUCGCCAAGUACGAAUGGCAUCCAUUUACAAUCAGCAGCUCGCCGGACCUAACAGGUUACGUGUGGCUUCAUAUUCGUGGAGUGGGGACGUGGACGAAGAAGUUGUAUGAAUAUUACGACGAGAAGGAAGAAGAGGAAUGCAAGCAAAAGUCAGUUAAACGAGGAACAAUAAGACGGAAAAAGGCUUCAUUUGUCCAGGACAAGGAGAGGCAAACAAAAAGAAACAUGCGUCGACGUUAUGCAGAGAGUUUCAAAAAGCAUAGACUUGGUGCUAUCAGGGAAGAAGAAACAGAACAGCCUAAUGAAGAUAUAAACACAGAGAAUGAGGAUGAUGCAGUAGAGGCUCUUUCAGAAAUUGUCAUCGAAAACAAAGCAGUCGUUGCCAAAGAAAAAUUCUCUUCGCCAAAACGGCAGAGUAUGGGAAUGAGAACGCCGGAGCGAAACGCAAAACAUAUAUCCAUGGACAGAAACGCCGCUAACAAGCUGGAGAUUUACAUUGACGGACCUUAUGGAGCCCCGGCGACACACUUCACCGAAGCAGAGCACGCUGUGCUAAUAUCAAGUGGGAUUGGCGUAACGCCAUUCGCAUCUGUUCUUCAAACAAUCAUGCUGAGAUACAAGAAUGCAUCCCACUCCUGUCCAAGCUGCAAUUACUGCUGGGUUGGCGAUGUUCCAUAUUCUUUGAGAAAGCUGCGAAAAGUCGACUUCUUUUGGAUAAAUCGCGACCAGUAUUCAUUUGAAUGGUUUUUGAGUCUCCUGAAUCAACUUGAAUUGGAGCAGUCAGAAACUGAAGGAGUGUUCACCGACCAUUUCCUCGAUAUGCACAUUUACAUGACCUCGGCUUUGAGAAAAGAGGACAUGAAGGCCAUUGGGUUACAGUUGGCGCUUGAUCUUAUCCACAACAAGAAGGAGAAAGAUUUGAUUACUGGCCUGAAAACAAGAACAAACCCUGGUAGACCAGAUUGGGACACGGUAUUCCGCAACCUCCAGAGCCAAGAUCAUGGCAAAGUUUCCGUAUUUUACUGUGGAAAUCCAGCUCUUGGGAAUACGUUGAAAGCCUAUUGUCAAAAAUUUAACUUUGGAUUUAGACAAGAAAACUUUUAAGAGCAACUUCACACAAUUUUUAAAAGCACAGCAAGAAAAUUUUACCUUACCGAGACUUUGCAAUAUGCCAAAACAAAACUUAUCUUUUUAUAGAAAUUAGAAAUUAGAGUGCCGGUUAUACCCGGCAAGUUGGCAUAGGUUUUUCCUUCCUGUUACGAAUUUCUUGCACUGCGGAAGAAGAUUUUUAUCUAUACUAGCAUGUAGUCUAUUACAAUCAACAGCGGACUAAAACAUACGGGAUGAGGAACCUUCUCACUUCUCACAAUUUAGAAGUAUAUAAUAGACAGCUAUAUGCUUGCAUCGCAUAGCUCCAAUCAUCGGCGGUU